GCAGAUGUGACAUGUAACUCGGCUGCUGUCUCCGUCUCAGCUUCCUGUUCAGGCAUCAGAUGAUGUCAUUAGGUGAUGUCAUCAGACAUGAGGACUCCGUCUGUCUGCUUGGCGAUUGGUCUUCUGCUGACAGUUGGACCGACCGUCUCUGCAGUGUCUCUGAGGGUGAGUCCAGACCUGCAGCAGUUCUUCAGGGACCAGUCAGUGAAUCUCAGCUGUGAGGACCCGUUAGACUCUGUUGGUUUGGUGGUGAAGAAGAUGACAGGAGGUCCAUCAGCGUCCUGCGGUGUGGACUUUGGGAGGUUGUCUUCUCCUUCCUCCUGUUGUCUUUGGGCUCACCAGGAUUUCUCUGGGUCGUACUGGUGUGAGACCAGAACCGGAGUCUGGAGCGACCGGGUCAACAUCACAGCCUCAGGUACAGAACCUCUGAUCUGCUCUGAAUAUUUCAGAUGGACUUCAGCUUCACUCCGUUUCUGUUCCUCAGAUAAACGUCUGAUCCUGCAGAUCCCUGCACUUCCUGUACGAACAGGAAGUGAUGUCACUCUGAACUGCACAGGAAAGAACCAACGCGCCGUCGCUGCGUACUUCUUCUUCAAUGGGCAUCUGGUUGGUUCUGAUCUCAGAGAGAACCUUGUCCUCCAGAACCUCCAACCGUCUGAUGAAGGUUCCUACUGGUGCUCUACUGAUGAGUUUGGGUCGUCCCUUAAGAGCCUGCUGAGGGUCAGAGGUUCUCCAACCCCAAAUACCUUUUGGUCCUCUCCUGCCGUCCACCAGUCCUCCCUGUCUCCUCCAUCCAACUCCUCCAUCCUCAUCCCAGUCCUAUCAACAGCAGGUUCUCUAGUUUCUCUGGUUCUGGUCGUUUUGCUGUUUCUGCUGGUUCUACUGGUUCUGGUGGUGUCUCUGGGUCCAUGGAAACAUCAGGAAGGCAGGAAGCAGCAAUGUCUUCCAGGUGGCGCCACCUCAACCCAGGUCGUCUUCAGACCUUCAGCCAAUGGGAUUCCAUUCAGACGUUCACAUGACUGUCCCGUCCAAUCAGAGAUGACCUCCUGCAGAUACAGCUGCAGUCCCUCUGGUGAAGCUCAGGUGUUUGGUUCCUCAGGUUUUCAUAUCUAAUAAUAAAUCUGUUCUGAUAUCCAUCCAGAGAUGUUUCUGGAUGGUUUAUAAACCAGUUUAAGACUCAUUUACUGAUUGAAUGAACACAAAGAAAUAAAAGAAAAAUGAAUGAAAAAUGAGUUUGUUUUUAUUCCAUUCAAACUGUUGAAGAAAAAGAGGAGAAGGAACCAUAAAUAGCCUGGACUUUUAUAUAGGCCAUCACAGCUCAGCGCUGCUCUGAACAUGUGGCGAAGGCAGGAAAUCUGAGGGCAGGAAUUAGGUGAGGUCACAUGUUGACAUGUCAGUGUGAUGAGCUCUGGCCUGCGUGAGCUUUAUGUGGAAGUUAUUCCUCCUGCAUGGUCAGAUUAUGAGGUUUGGCCACGCCCACAUGCUGUGGUGCAGCCAAAAGAUUUUUGAUCACUUUUGACCUCAAGACUGCUGAGUGAUUCUGAAGUCUGCAUAUCAAAAGUUAUAGGAGAAGUUCACUCAGAUAUGACGUAUAAACAAAGACAAAAUGGCAGCUUUGAUACAAAAUGGUUGACUUCCUGUGGGGUUAUCCAAGACUCCAAGAGAUUUUAUUAGGUGGUCCUGAUAAGAUACACAUGUAGCAAAUUUCAUACUCCUUGGUCUGAUGUUUUAAUGCUCCUAGGAGGUGCUGUGGAGGUAUUAAGCCACGCCCACCAAAUAUUUGGCUCAAUAUCUUUUGGGAGCUCGGCCGUGAUUGAUCAUAUUGAAUUUUAUGCAAUCUAGAUAUCUGAACUACAGUUCAAGUAAGUUUAUGUUAACCGAGUCAAGAUGGUGAAAUAUGGACCUGUUUUCAGGGGGCUGGGCCUGAGUGAUCUAUUUGACCAUUGAGUCUUGUCAAUGAACUGGUGAGGACCAGUCAAAGCAGGUUUCAUGUUUUUGAGCCUUUCUGAGAAGUAUUAAUGGGAACGUUUACUUUUUUAGUGUGUAGUCAAAGUUCAAGUCCAGGCCACGCCCCUUCAACAUGCACAAGAAGUCACAAUUUUGGUAACUUUAGAUCCUCCAUGUCUUUUAUAAGCAAAGUCACCAAGUUUGAAAUUGAUUGAUCAAAAUCUCUAGGAAGAGUUUGAUCAAAUACAGAAGCUAAAGAAAAAUCAGAACUUGAAUCCAAGAUGGCAGACUUCAUGUUUUAUGUAGAGCAUCGGUGCCAAAGAGUUUUCUGUGGGUCUUCGGGAGUUCUAUGUGUUACCAAAUGUCAUAGCUCUAUGAUAAAGUGGGCUCAAAGCUGAGGUUGCCAGGAGGCUCUGCUGAGAUAUUUCUGU